AUGCCUUCGUUAGCUUCGCAACGUCUUCCUCAAGAGAAAUAUGCCAGAGUCGAAGACUGGAUCUUGAGAGAUGACGAAGACCCGCCGAGAUUCUACAGGAAACUUCUUGCAGAUCAGAGUUCGAUUCGUGCAAUGCAGCCCCAAGCUCUCGCCCAGAGCAAUGCUGACGCUACCUUGCCAGAGGUCGGAGGAUGCUCACCCUCCCAUCUCGCCGAUGCAAAGCCUACUGCACUGCAGGAUGAGAAGCUUGAUAGAUACGAGCGUCGUAUGAGGCACAAAACCAAGGACGACCGAUAUGACUAUAAAGAGACCAAGGUCCAGAAGAAGCUCGAACGUCUUUCAAAGCAUCUCAGGCGAGCAAUCGCCCACAAGUUCCAUGCGCCCAACGUGGCCCAAGAUCGAUUGACGAUCAACCAUCGCCAAGACUUGGGAAUCUUCAAGAAGGGAAAGACCUCUUCCCCUAUCAAAUCUAGAGGAAGACUUCCUGGCAGGAAAGCCUCAAAGCCUGAUCCCUCGGAAUGA